GUAGGAGGCAAAGGCGAAGAUUAGAUUGAUUUCAAAGAAACUUGGGAAAAGUUAAAAGGAAAAAAAAAUUCCAGAUCACAUGUCAAUGGUGAAAAGUACCUGGACAUCAUUACCUUGACAUAAUUAUACCCCGAUCAAAAGCAAGCAGAUGCAUUUCCCUUCAACUCUACUGCUUCAUUCCUACUCCUAGUUAUUUUAUUGCCUUGAGAUGCUUGAUACGCUACUAUAAAUAUGGUUUCGGGGUGUGUUCUUUAAGUGCGUUAAGUUGGCUUGAGAAGAGUGGCUAUAGAUUUAGAAUAUCUCUAGAGAAACUAAGUAGCGUUGGAGGAAUGGAGAUCCCGGUAAUCAACCUAGGAGAGAUGGAGGGAGUGAGGAAAAGCGAAACAAUGUCACUUCUCCACGAGGCAUGCGAGAAGUGGGGGUUCUUUUGGCUCGAAAACCAUGGGGUUGAUGAGAGCCUUAUGGAUAAGGUCAAGGCAUUGGUGAACCAGCACUACGAGGAGAGCAUGAAGGAAAGCUUCUACAGUUCAGAGCUGGCAAAAGAAUUGGGGCCUAAUAUCAAAGCCUCUGAAGUAGACUGGGAGUGCAGCUUCUUCUAUCGCCAUCAACCGGACUCCAACAUCAACGACAUUCCUGAACCACUUCGUGAAGCAAUGCAGGAAUUCGUUGCGCAAUUGAUCAAGUUGGCUGAAAGGCUUGCAGAACUUCUGAGCGAGAACCUUGGACUGGAAAAGGAUUACUUGAAGAAGGCAUUCUCUGAGCCAUUUGUUGGAACAAAGGUGGCGAAGUACCCAAAAUGCUCUGACCCAGAGAUGGUAAUGGGGCUCCGAGGCCACACUGAUGCUGGUGGAAUCAUCCUAUUGCUCCAGGAUGACCAGGUCCCAGGUCUUGAGUUCUUAAAAGACGGGGAGUGGGUGGCAAUACCUCCAACAGAGGGUUACAGAAUCUUUGUGAACCUUGGUGAUCAAGUGGAGGUGGUGAGCAAUGGCAUCUACAAGAGUGUUCGGCACCGUGUCCUUGCUGACAAAAACGGGAGCCGGUUAUCCAUUGCCACAUUCUAUAAUCCUGGCGCUAAUGCCGUGAUUUCCCCGGCUUCGAGGCUGGUUUAUCCAAGCUGCUACCGUUUCGAAGACUACCUCAAUUACUAUACCACCACCAAGUUUUCAGACAAGAUCGCUAGGUUCCAAAACAUAAAGGAGAUGCUUGUGUGAUUACAGUAGCGGGACUAGGCUGCUUGGUAUUGCUGCUGAAUAAGAAAAAUCUUCCUCCUAAAGUUUGUGGUGAUAUCGUAGCUGCUGAAGGAUAGAUGCAUUUGUAAUCUGUGAACCAGUGUUUUCUAAAUACUAGAGUGAUAUUGGUAGUGUGUAGAUUCUGUUUUUGAGUUAGCAAUCCAUGGACAGCAUCUUACUAUCUAUUGUUUUUCUGUGUUUUACUAGAUUGAUUAAUAUAAAUACCAUGUUUGUCU